GAUAUUUGUAAUGUUUUUAUUUUCAAAGACGAAAUUUUGAAUAUGACGUGCACUUUAAAGGACAAAAGCUUGAAUUCAUCAGAAUUAUAUGUUACUUAUGAUAAGUAUGAAGUAUCAAAUACUGAAAUGACGGUUAUUGAUACCUCUUCAGUAAGACUGUCAAAACAUAUGAAUUCCAUGGAACAUGUUGGAAAUAUCUAUUUUGCCUGCAUGUACAGAAGAGGUGACAAUGCAAAAAUAGUAGUCUACACAUAUGUUACAGUUGAUUACCUUCCAUCUCCUAUUAAGAAUUUUAGUUGUAUCAUAUAUAACUGGGACGAAGGAAUGAUAUGUACCUGGAACCUUGGAGUUAAAUAUAACAACACAAAAACUAUUUCAGUUUCCCUGCUCCUGAAGAGUGGCGAUAUUACUGGACAAUACAAAUCUGCUUGUGAUAGAGAUCAAAAUAAUAAUUUAAUUUGUAACCACAAAUGGAACCAUACUGACCAUGUAACCUUUGACAGAAGUUUUCUUAACUUCACUGUUAAUGUUACAAAUACAUGUUGUACCGAAGUUCCUGUUUCCAAGCAAACCGAAAAUUUAAUCAUCAUUCAAAAAGAAAAUGUGAGACCUGAUAAAGUACACAAUGUAACAGUGUCUUCAGUAACAAGCACCUGUAUUUCACUGAACUGGGAUCAUCUGAAGCGGGACAGAAGUAAACUAUUCACUGUUAGAGCUACUACAAAUGAUUCUAACUGGGAUGAAGCACAGGUGGAAGAAACACCGGCUACAAAUAUAACAGUAUGUGAGUUGAAGCCUUACAAGAGAUAUAAUUUCUCCAUUGAAACAAGACCAGGGAAAGAUGUAGGCUAUCCAAGUGAUCUUGUUUAUAUCUCAGCCAUUACAGAUAUAGAUAUCAAUACAGAUAUAGAUAGUAAGUACGGUAGAUACAACUUCUCCAUUGAAACAAGACCAGGGAAAGAUGUAGGCUAUCCAAGUGAUCUUGUUUAUAUCUCAGUCAAUACAGAUAUAGAUAUCAAUACAGAUAUAGAUAGUAAGUACGGUAGAUACAACUUCUCCAUUGAAACAAGACCAGGGAAAGAUGUAGGCUAUCCAAGUGAUCUUGUUUAUAUCUCAGUCAAUACAGAUAUAGAUAUAAGUAGAUACAACUUCUCCAUUGAAACAAGACCAGGGAAAGAUGUAGGCUAUCCAAGUGAUCUUGUUUAUAUCUCAGCCAUUACAGAUAUAGAUAAACCAUCCGGAGCACCUGAAUUCGUGAACAAGGGCUAUCAAUUGAUUGAUGAAGAUUGCAUCAAUAAUGCCCGCAGGAUAACACUUCUUUGGAAGGCUAUAGAUGAAGAGUAUAGGAAUGGUCCUUUUAUUGGUUAUUACAUAUCAGCCUCUAGUCCUAAUGAUGUUCUAUUGAAAGACUAUCAAGUGAAUAGUACCAGUUCAGACAACCAGCAGCAUUCAAUGGAUAUUCCUUGUGACCAACCAAUAACUAUUACCAUAAAAGCAUUGGGAAAGGCAGGAUAUUCUAAUACAUCAACCAUCAUCAUACCAAAGGCUAACUACUUAUCACAAUCAGAAAUAGCAGGUAUCGUAAUUGGUGUGGUUACAUUUGUGGUUAUUUUCAUCACUUUAGUAGUUUGUCUUGUUAGGAUGAAUUGUUGUGGAAAAAUUAAGGAGAUUUUCAAAUCACCUGAGAUAGUGUUACCUAAGGUCAAAAUACAUUACAUGGAGCAUAAUAAAGACAGUGGACAUGAGACAGAUUCUAAAUCCACAUUCAAGUCUACACAUGCUAAUAGUAUUAGUGAAAAAGACAGCCAAUAUUCUGCAGUCUACAGUAAUGCCGGUUAUAGCUCAGUAGGGUCACAGAAUGAAGACCACUUUCUACAAAAAGGCUCUGGUAAAGAUGGAAGCUCUCAAUCUAUCUGUGAAUCCUUCUCAGAUAUAAACAGCAGUGAGGAUACCCCUCAGUCCUCAGGUUGCUCCUAUGAGUCAUACUCCAGUGGUAGGAUGUUAUUGAACAGUGAAGAGGAUGAUGAUGGCUAUCGAGGGCAAGAAGAGGAUGAUUCGUCAGUGAAGAGUUAUGUUCAGCAGGACGGAGAAAACUCAUCUGAAAUAACAUCAUCAAACACUACAGAAACAUCAAGCAAGCAAUCUACUGCAAAAGACAGUCAACAAGAUUCUUCACUAACUACACAUCAAAAAGACACAGUUAAGACAGCAAUCAAAACAUCUGAGGAGGCAGCUAUGAUCAAAAGUACUCAAAAUACAGAAUGUGUAUGAAAUAUAACUCUGAAAAUGCUGCUGUUUUUAUAAUAUAAGUUUUUUCUUUCACUAUGUUUAUUCAAAGAUUGAAUUAUUAGAAGAAGAAAAAAGAAAAGAAAUGCACAACCAUUAUGUAAAGAAUUUUUUUCAGUAUUUUCAAUGGUUUCUUUGCCAGAAUGUAAAAUAAAGCUUUAAUGAUUAAAAGUGUCAACUUUAGGCUUAAUGAUCAAAGGUGUCAGCUCUACAGGCAGAAUAGUUUUGGAAAAACUUGCAGGGAUUUGAUAUUGUAAUUACACAUUAUGUAAGAAUCUGGAUUUUGAUUGGUUGAAAGCCAGUGUAUUUUUCACCUAUUUACUGUUAUAAAAUGAAUAUUGUCCAUUUUUCAACGCCACCGGGGUAUUUGCAAAACGAAUAUGCAUUUUUUACCCUCUCUGCCGUGGCAUUUGCCAAAAAAUACUCUAUUCGACUGGACGCUUGUAACGUCACGAUCAUCAAUGUGUUUUUGAACAUUAACAUUCGGUGUAAUUAACCAGAUAUAGCAUGUUAUUGAGGGGUAUUUUGCGAAAAAUAAACAGUCUUGAGAAUGAAUUUCCCUCGCCUUACAGCUGGCGAAAUUUAACAUUCUCUCGACUAGUAUUUUUCGCAAAUAUCCCUCCUUAACAUGAUGAAUCUGUUUAUUAGCAAUUGAAAAUCGGUAAUCUCCAACACUUCUUUUAUAGAUGUGACCAAAAUAUUGAAACUGUAGCAGGAAGUGAUCAAAUGAGUCAUCAGAUUUAUUAUUUGUCAUAUUAGUUUGGAAGUUUCUUUUCACUAGAAACAAGCAAGACUUUUUAUGGCAUGAUCAAGAAAAGGCUUUGUUCCUUUCUCUUUCUUUUGACCAACAAGUAGAGUAGAUUGCAUACUUUCAAGACUUGUAUCUAUGAGAUUUAUUUUCAUUGUAAAUAUCAACAAAAUUGUCAUGCAAGCUGAUAUCUGUUACAAAAAUUUAUUCUUUUUUACAAAGAUGUCAUUCAAUUUUAAAAGUCUAAAUCAAUGAUAAUUUUAUCCCAGUAAUCAUUGAAUUUUAAAUCUGGUAUUGUUGUUAUGAUAGUCUCAAAGGGAUGAGUUAUGUGGAGAAAAAGUUUGCAGCAUCAUAUAUGGCAUUCAAAACUUCACAAAACAUCACUAAACAAAAUUAAGACAUUGUAUGUCAUCAUGAUAAUUUAUCAAACUGAAUAAGAUCGUAUGGUAUAUUAAAUAAUAUCAAUAUAUUCUACCAUGUUAUAGAAAAGAUGUUAAAACUUGAGGAGGAAAAGGGAAUUACUAACCUUGUGUGUUUAUAAGUUCAUAAUGAUCAAAAGUUGUACAUAAAUAUACUCAACAUAUAAUACUCUAUAUUAACAUGUACAUACAACCACUUAACAUAGUUCACUAUGUUUUUACUUGUACAUAUAAAAUACUGUAUAUAGUGCACUAUGUUUUUUUAUUUGGUAAUCUUGUAUUUAGAAUGAUUGUAAAUACACAUAAUCAAUAUCUCAUAUCAGCAUUAUCUUUUGUACUAUAUGUGUAUACCUGUGAUAAGAAUGUUAAUUCUGAAAAAAUAAGUUUUUAAUUUUUUAAUUUUGUAAGAGUGCAAUACAAUAAGACUUGCUGCAAUAAAACUACCCUUUUUCUAUUUUUAUAAUUCUUGUUACUUUAACUGGCAUUUUUAUCUAUUUUUUAUAAUUUUUGUUUUGAAAUAUUUGAUUGGACCAAAAUAGAUAUUUGACUUUCAGAUGACAUAAAUGGACAAUGAAAAAAUAAUAUUAAAAGCAGUGAUUUUCCCGUGCAGCACCAUUUCUGUAUUAGCUCAUCAUAUAACUGUCAAGUCCGGUGGUUUUGAUAAUCAGAUAUGUUUGUGGGAAUUAUUAACUUAGUGUUAAAAAUGAAUAUAAGAUUGAUAGAAUCAGUAAUCCAUACUGAGAGCUUAUGUUUCAUUGUUUGUCUCAGCUAUUUGAAAAUUUAGAAUAUGCAAUGAUUUCAAAAUUGACAGGACAUUUUGUGGCAUCAAUUUUAAUAAUCCAGUAUUGCAGGUUACCUGCUUAUUAUAAAACCAACACAAGAACUAUGUACAUAAAUCUACAGAUUUAUAUUAUUCUGAUCAUUACUUUUCAUUGUUAUUACAAUUUUUAUGCAAGAUUAUUUUUUUGAUUUUUUGAAAUAUGUUGAUUUUAUAAGAUUUUGAAGGAGUAGAUUCAGUAGGGUGGCUCCAAUUUACCCUUAUGGCAGACAAUGUGUGGGGUUCUUUCAAGUUUUAUGGCACUUAUACUGCUGCGUCUGACAUUUUUAUGCACAAAUUUUAUAUUUAUAUUCAUGUGUAAUUAACAAUAAACAUUUGUGAGUCUAAAUAAGAAUAGAGAACUUUUGGAAAAUUAUAUUACCAACCUUUCUGUGACAGCAUUUAUAUUGUUACAUCAUUGAAUAAUUAGACAGAAAUACUGUGGAUUUAAUGGUAAAAAACAAUGAAUAUAUAUGAAGAAAGUGCUGUUCUAAAAUAAAAACAACUCAGAAAGCUGUACAGUUUGUAAAAGAUAUUACAAGAUUUACAGACUCAUCAAGUUAUAGUUUUUUUGUUUAGAUCUGUAUUAUGAAUCUCAUUGAAAUUCAAGCUGAACAUCAGGCCUAUUUUUUGGGGGUUAAUAGGUUUAAACUCAAGGUCAAGGUUACUGUUACUAAAAUUUGAAAGAAAUUUCUGAAAGUACCCUUAAUUUCUCUUGUUUCAUAGGAAUGAAACUUUAACAGAUAGUUGAUAGGAUAUUGGGAAAAUUCUAUUGAUUUUUAUGUUAAUAGAUUUAAGGUCAAGGUUGCUACGUAAUCAUUUUUUUUAAAGAUGGUAUCUCACUUUGACCACUUUGAAAUGUACAUAUAUACACAAUUGUUUAGGUGAAACAUUUGCAUAAUAUUACAUUGUUAUACAUGUAUUUUUAACCCUUAAAAGAAAAUUGCUUUCUCUCAAUAAAUUUUCAUUUCACAAAGCAUUAGUUGAUAGUGUCAGUUUUUUACUUUUUAUGUACAUAUGAUGCUUUAUAUGAAAGGUCAGUCUGGAAUAACUAUUUUUUUGGUGCUAAAUUUUAUAGGGCAGUCUAAAUAAUGAAGCCAUGGUCCUUCAUUUAACACAUAAGUCUAAAUACUAGUUCCUUUAUGUUAACUUGUAGUAUUAGUAUCCAUUCAAUAUGAAUAUAAAGAACCUUUGGCCCAUUCUUUGGCAUGGCAGACUGCAUAAUGACUUUUGGUGCUUCAUUUAAAACAUUAGUUUGAAUACGAGUACCUUAAUCUUUAAUUUGACACGAAUAUAAAUAUUGAUACAGAUAUUGAUUCAAUUCUUUUUUACUCGGUGCCUGUAUAAUUCAGGACCAUGCAACAUUUAAUUAUUUCUUCAAUUAAACUUUACUUUCAAUAGUUGUUUAAUUUUUUUAUACAUCUAUACCAUCUUGUAUAUAACUGGUGUAAGUUAGAUUAUACAUGUAUAUUUUUGUUUGCAUAAGAAGUUAAACAGAAUAUUGUUUAUGUUUUUUUUACACUUUAGAUAGUUGUCUUGUUUGUAUGUAUAAUUUUCUUUAUGCAUAUCUAUAAUGAUAAUAAUCAUGUUUUUUGUUUUGUAUUUUUUGCAUCAAAAGAUGUGUUCAUGCACUUUAUAUACAGUUUUAUAGAAGUUAAACAACAGAACAAGAAUGUUUUUUUUCUUCUGUUUAUUCACUUUUAAGCUCAUCUGGCCAAAAGGGUUAGUGUGAGCUUUUGUUGUCACUUUGUAUCUUUCAUCCUUUUAACUUUUACAAAAAUCUUUUCUUCUGAAACUUAAUGGCAAAUUACAACCAAACCAUCAUUGGGUAUUUUUUUUGUCUAUAUCGAGGUGAGUGACAUUGGCUCUUUAGAGCCUAUAGUUUUUAUCAUUUUAAGGGAUUUUUCUACCUUGUUUUCUAAACCUUUGUCAAAAUGUCAGAGAUUUGACAAAAAUAUCAAAUGAGGUUUUGACACAACUGAAGACAAAUUUUCACAAUAAAGCAAGUUAUAUUUUA